AUGAAUCUCCGAAGAAGCUUAUCAGCUCUACAUGCUGAAUGUGAAGCUUUGAUAUGGGCUAUGGAGUGCAUGAAGACCCUUGAUUUUUCAGACGUAGUUUUUGCAACAGACUGUUCUCAAUUGGUGAAGAUGGUGUCCUCACCAGACGAAUGGCCAGCUUUUGCUACACACAUGGAGGAGUUUCGACGCAGUAAGUGUUUCUUUCCUUCCUUCAAGAUUCGACAUAUACCAAGAGCAACUAAUCUAGUGGCGGACAAGCUUGCACGAGGUGCUCGGAGUUCCCCUUCAGCUGUGUUUUAUGUUGAUUCUACCCCACCGGUUUGGUUUUCCGAGCCGGAAGGUUUCUUAUCAUAG